UCCUUUCUAAUUUAUCUCUUUCUUUGCUUGCAAUUCAAAUUCUCUGAUCAGAUCGAAUCAUACUUUCAUAAUUAAUGGCGUUUUUGUCCAAAAACAAGCAGAAAUACCUAGGGUUAGGGUUUGGUUUGCUGUGUGUUGUAAACGGAUUGUGUUUCUUUACCGAUCUUGAAUUUUUGCAAUUCUUUUUGUUGAUUUUCAUUUCCAUGGGGUUUUGUGGUGCUGUCAGCAGUUUUUUACUCUAUAUGCUACCUAAGAAGCGACCUGUUGAAGUAACAAAGCUUGACGAGGAUAGCAGUAGUGGUAAUAAUACUGAUAAAUUGCAUAAAAAGCCUCGGCUCGGUUGUUUGAUCUCUUCUUGUUCAUCGAUAACCUCCAGAACAACCACCACCGGGACCGAGGAGUGUGACGGGAAGAACAGCAGUGGUGGUGGUGACUCGAAUAGCUAUAGCAGCUGUAGCGUGAUAGCAGGGGAUACUACUAGGGCGAGCAGUACUGUUGUAGAACCGUCUUUGACAAAUAUGGGGUUAGAGGAUGGACAUAUGCAGGAUAUCGACGAGGAUCUCCACAGCAGACAGCUUGCUGUUUAUGGUCGUGAGACUAUGAGGAGGCUCUUUGCAUCUAAUGUGCUAGUUUCUGGGAUGCAAGGACUUGGCGCAGAGAUAGCAAAAAAUCUUAUACUUGCUGGCGUCAAGUCUGUGACAUUGCAUGAUGAAGGGGCAGUGGAACUGUGGGAUUUGUCCGGUAAUUUUCUCUUUUCAGAGGAUGAUGUAGGCAAGAAUAGAGCUCUAGCUUCUGUCCAGAAGCUGCAGGAUCUCAACAAUGCUGUACUGGUCUCCACCUUGCCUACGAAAUUGACUAAAGAACAACUUUCUAACUUCCAGGUUGUGGUCUUUACUGAUACUGACUUGAAAACAGCUAUUGAGUUUGAUGAUUACUGCCACAACCAUCAGCCUCCUAUUGCAUUCAUAAAGACUGAAGUCAGAGGACUUUUUGGUAACUUUUUUUGUGAUUUUGGCCCUGAGUUCACCGUAGUUGAUGUUGAUGGCGAGGAACCACAUACUGGCAUCAUUGCCUCCAUCAGUAACGAUAGCCCUGCACUUGUAACUUGUGUUGAUGAUGAAAGGCUGGAGUUCCAAGAUGGUGAUCUUGUCGUAUUUUCUGAAGUUCAUGGGAUGGCAGAACUUAAUGACGGAAAACCAAGAAAGAUUAAAAGCUGUAGGCCCUACUCAUUCUAUCUUGAAGAAAACACUACAAACUUUGGCAGUUACGUGAAAGGCGGUAUAGUGACUCAAGUAAAACAGCCAAAGGUUCUUAAUUUCAAGCCUUUAAGAGAGGCACUUGGAUCUCCAGGCGAGUUUCUGCUGAGUGACUUCUCUAAGUUUGACCGCCCUCCUCUUUUGCAUCUAGCAUUCCAAGCACUUGACAAGUUCAAAUGUGAAUUGGGGCGCUUCUCUGUUGCUGGUUCAGAAGAUGAUGCACAGAAGUUGAUAUCUAUUGCCAGCAACAUGAACGACAGCUCAGGAGAUGGAAAAUUGGGAGAUGUCAAUCCGAAACUUCUGCGGCACUUUGCUCAUGGGGCUCGAGCAGUGCUUAAUCCCAUGGCUGCCAUGUUUGGCGGCAUAGUUGGUCAAGAGGUUGUGAAGGCUUGCUCUGGAAAGUUCCAUCCACUUUUCCAGUUCUUUUACUUUGAUUCGGUUGAGUCACUUCCUAUGGAGCCGUUAGACGCCAGCGACUAUAAGCCUUUGAACAGCCGUUAUGAUGCCCAGAUCUCAGUAUUUGGAUCUAAAUUUCAGAAGAAAUUAGAGGAUACUCGGUCUUUCGUUGUAGGAUCUGGUGCAUUGGGAUGUGAAUUCUUGAAGAACUUAGCCUUGAUGGGUGUUUCAUGCGGCACUCAAGGGAAAUUAACGGUCACUGACGAUGAUGUAAUUGAGAAGAGUAAUCUCAGCAGACAAUUCUUGUUCCGUGACUGGAAUAUCGGGCAGGCAAAAUCCACGGUUGCCGCUUCCGCAGCUGCGUUGAUUAACCCUCGUCUUCAGAUAGAAGCUUUGCAGAAUCGUGUGGGCCCGGAGACCGAGAAUGUUUUUGAUGAUAUUUUCUGGGAGAAUUUGAAUGUUGUUAUUAAUGCUUUAGACAAUGUAAAUGCCAGGCUUUAUGUUGAUCAAAGAUGCUUAUAUUUCCAGAAGCCACUUCUUGAGUCGGGAACACUGGGUGCUAAGUGCAACACACAGAUGGUUAUUCCCCACCUGACUGAAAACUACGGUGCCUCUAGGGACCCACCGGAGAAGCAAGCACCCAUGUGCACUGUGCACUCCUUUCCACAUAACAUUGAUCACUGCCUGACAUGGGCUCGGUCAGAGUUUGAAGGUUUGCUUGAGAAAACACCAUCGGAAGUUAACGCCUAUCUGUCGAAUCCUGGUGAAUAUAUAUCUGUGAUGAGGAAUGCUGGUGAUGCCCAGGCGAGGGAUAAUCUUGAACGAGUUCUUGAGUGCCUCGAUAGGGAAAAAUGUGAAACAUUCCAAGAUUGCAUCACUUGGGCUCGUCUGAAGUUUGAAGAUUACUUCUGUAAUCGUAUGAGGCAACUGAUUUUUACGUUCCCCGAAGAUGCUGCCACCAGUACCGGAGCUCCAUUUUGGUCAGCCCCCAAGCGUUUCCCACGUCCACUGGAGUUCUCUCUCUCUGAUCUGAGUCAUCUUCAUUUUAUAUUGGCGGGCUCCAUUCUUCGCGCCGAGACAUUUGGCAUCCCUAUUCCUGAUUGGGCCAAGAAUCCCAAGAAAUUGGCUGAAGCUGUUGAUCAGGUGGUUGUUCCCGACUUCCAACCAAAGCAAGGUGUUAGAAUAGAGACUGAUGAGAAUGCUACCAGUUUAUCGGCUUCGUCUAUAGAUGAUGGUGCAGUUAUUGAUGAGCUAAGCAAAAAGCUUGAACAGCGACGAAAGACACUUCCAUCUGGUUAUAUCAUGAAACCUAUUCAGUUUGAGAAGGAUGAUGACGCAAAUUACCACAUGGACUUCAUAGCUGGACUUGCCAACAUGAGAGCAAGAAAUUACAGCAUCCCUGAAGUUGACAAAUUGAGAGCCAAAUUUAUUGCCGGAAGAAUCAUCCCUGCAAUCGCCACCUCUACCGCAAUGGCCACUGGUUUAGUCUGCCUCGAGCUCUAUAAGGUCAUCGAUGGCGGCCACAAGGUGGAAGACUAUCGGAACACAUUCGCCAACCUGGCACUCCCUCUCUUCUCCAUGGCGGAGCCAGUCCCACCAAAGGUCAUCAAACACCAGGACAUGAGCUGGAGCGUGUGGGAUCGGUGGUCGAUUAAGGGCAACCCGACACUAAGAGAACUUAUUCAAUGGCUUGCAGACAAAGGUCUCGAUGCUUAUAGCAUUUCGUGUGGAAGUUGCAUGCUGUAUAACAUCAUGUUCCCUAAGCACAAAGAGCGGUUGGAUAAGAAGGUGGUGGAUUUGGCCCGGGAUGUGGCGAAGAUGGAGAUUCCGUCGUAUCGCUGUCACUUGGAUCUGAUGGUGGCGUGUGAAGAUGAGGAGGAGAACGACAUCGAUAUCCCUCAGGUCUCUGUAUACUUCCGUUAGCCAUUAUAUCACCCAUUAGGUGUGGGAAUAAUUGGAGACGGUCUCUUGUAUUCUGUUAAAAAAGCGAUGUUUGUUAGGUGGAGUGUGACACCGAGUGAAGGCGGAGGGAUACCUCUGCCAAGUAACUCACAAAAGCGCUGCUUCUGUGAUUGACAUGUCGUGUUUCGUAUACAUUCACUGGGAUGAUGAUGUUUUGAAACACGAACCGUUUCAAACCGUCGGGAACGUGGCAAAACGAUGUUGAAUGAGCAAACUUGACUUGUGUAUGUAGCCUGUAGGGUCAACCUUUCACUGUGGGGGUCGUAUGCAUACCAUGUGAGAGGUUUUUCGAGCUUCUAUCAUAAAUGUUUGAUUUCUCAAUGGAACAAAUACAUUCGAGUCUUUUUCACCAUUUCAUUGCAACUUUGUGUGUCAAGUU